GGUACGUAUUUCGUGACAUUAUACCGCGGAUCCGUCGGAUUUUCGCGUUUUUCGCGCCUCUGCGUCGUGACCGUCGAGUAUUAGUGUGCGCCGACGAUCUUUAUCCGCGUUCAACAAGAGCCAGCAUGUCCACGAGUGUUCGGGCAGAUUAAAAUCGAGGGUAAAAGUAGCGGAGAAGACUGUGGUCGUGCGUGUACCAGGCAUGGAGUGGACUCAGUGCGCUCGUUUCAAAUCGUUACGAGCCGUUACCGCAGUCCCCGUCGAGCUGAGGUCGCAGAUCCGCCGUGAGGAUGUGAGCAACGAUGCCCGUAGCAGCGCGUGAGAUCGUGAUCGCCCCGAGAUGGCCGCGACGCCCGUUGUUCCGCGCCCUUCAACGUGAUCCCUCGAGGCAAGGAGGCAACGCGAGGGAUCGUCCGCGCCGCCGAGCGAUGCACUGAGUCCACGCCAGCGGCGUCGCACCACCACCGAGGAGGACACACGCAGCCAGUCGACCGCCAGCGAUACCGAGCUCAGGAUGGAGGAGGUGCGGGGAUCACCGGCGCGCCGGCUCUCGCAGAUCCUCGACCCGAUCGCGCGGCUCGCCACCGAUUUCGGCUCGAACUCGGCGCCGUGCAGCCCGAGGCUCGGCGUUCGUAGCCACGAGGCGUCGGGGAUGGUCCAAGGAACGACGGACGGCGCACGGAGACAGCAACAGUCCGGCCCGGAGUCGAGUAGGGGGGGCCAGUCGAGCGGGGCGGAGAGUCCCCGACUCUGGCCGCGUCAGAUUCGCCAGGCACCGGCACCGCCGCCGCGACCCAGACACGCGAACAACAACAACGCGACGGGACAGCAUCAGCCGAUCCCCGGCAGCCUGCCGCCGCCGGUGCACAACAGGGACUCGCCGUACGUGAACGUGCCGAAUCUGCUGUUCCAAAAGGAGACCAAAGGGUUCGCGGAGACCGCCAGGAGCGCCGGGUAUGUCGAGCUCAGGGAGACCAAGCCCAAGUGCAGCCCGUACGAUUUCACGUCCGAGCCGAGCGGCCACGUGGAGUACGCGGACAAGCAACGAACGUUCGCCGCCCAGACCGAUCUGGACGCGACGCCGGGCUGCUACGACGCCAAGGAUCUCGCCGUGUUGGCCAGGACCAGGUCGAACUUCGACCCGGGUCCCUCGCCGCGCACCGGCCAUCAGCACUCCGACCGGGCGUACUCGUUCUCCGGUCGGCAGCCCGAACCAACCGCGGCCAGGAUGUUCGCCGAGGGACGACUGUUCGUCGAGCAGAGGACCGCCGCGGCCAGCUCGGACGCCAAGAAGGAGAAGCUCGAGAGCAGACCCGCUUACAGCGCGUCCAAGAGCUUCGAUGGAUACUCGACCGCCGUGGAGGAGCUUAAUUGGCAAGAGAGGUGUCUCGAGCUGCAACUCGAGCUGCACAGAAGCAGAAGCCAGGCCACCAGGGUGCGGGACAUGCUUCGCGAGAAGCUCUCGGAGCUCGAGCAGCGGGUCUUGGAAGCGGAGGGUCGAGCCGACGAGGCGGAGGACAAGGUACGGAUGAUGGAGGAGCGGCUAGUGAAGGGUGAAUACUGCCUGAGCACUUCCGGCGUUGGUUCUCCACCGCACUCGCUGCCGUCUACCUCCGGUACGCAGAAUGACAAGAUCGAGGACGUCCACUGUGCCUGCAUCUCGAAGCUAGAGACACAGGUCGAGGAACAGAGACAGUUGCGGCUCCAGGACGCCAGGCAGGUUGAGGCGAAAGCCGCGAGAAUAAAGGAAUGGGUGACUAAUAAGCUGAGGGAAUUGGAGCAGCAGAACCAGCACCUGCGGGAACAGAAUAACAAGUGUAACCAGCAAUUGGAACUCCUGAGGAAUCAUAUAACCAACAUCGGCCUGAAACCACCUGUGAGUCCCCGCGGGCGAAUUCGUCCGACAGCUGACGCGUCUUUUCCAGCCAGAUCCCCGGAACAGUGUCAGAGAACCACGAAGGAUCGCGACCGUUUAAUCGCACCAACGAGAGCGUCGUUGUCCCUGGAGGUGGACCCCACGUUGCGCAGACGGUCGGAGAGCCUAGAGGGAACACCGCAAACGGUGCCAGAAAGCGUGCAGAGCGCCGCGGCGGAGCCUCAAGCCGGCACCAAACACCGUAGACACCUGUCCGCUUGCGGGUCCAUACAGCGAGGGAUCGCCGCCACCAACAUGGACUCAAGCUUGCUGUCCGAGGAGCUGGCCGCGGCGGUGGAGAAUCUGGUGAUGCUGCCGAAUAUACCUGGCGUCUCGGAGGCCAGUAGGGACAGUGGCAGCUCCGAGGCUGUUCACGACUACGCCGAGAUAUACACGCCCAGCAGAGAGGGGAUGAAUUGGACUCAGAGUGCUCAAGGUCCUCGACCACCUACUCCGCCUCUUCACCGGUUCCCCAGCUGGGAAGCGAAGAUAUAUCAGGUAGCUGAUGGCGGGCUUGGCAUCGGUCCACCGACGAACGAGGAAUCCGCGCCUUCCACGAUGACCAACACGACUAGCUCGUCGAAACAUUCCCAGGCAACAGGACACAACUUGACUGCGCACAAUUCCCAAGGCUAUUGCGAUAUUUCGGUUCCAGUGUACGCGACGGUCAAGGGGCGAGCUAGUCAAAUUAGGUCCAUGCCGUUCGGCGACAGUUCCGACGACAGCUCGGACGGCGAGGAGCAUCCGAAUCAAACGGAGACCAACACUAGGAUCACCAACAGUUCGUCCGACAACACGGACUCUUCGCUUGGCAGCGGGAGCAGCCCGUCGAAGAGCGUUAAAACCACCAGCAGCCUUAGUCCCGCCAAGAGAAGCUCCAGCGGUUCCCCUAGCAAAAGCGUCAAACGUGAUACCUCUUUGGAGUCUGGCCUGUCGGAGGACUAUGCGAUACCCCCCGACGCGCUCAGCUCAACCUCCCUCGAAUCCAGCAUGCCUAGUCUGCUAAUGCGCGUCUCGGGCGAGAGCCCCAAGAGGCAAGAAUCUUUGGAGAAGACUGGCCACCUGGCGAAACUUGGCGGGAAACUGAAAACUUGGCGGAAGAGAUGGUUCGUGCUGAAGAACGGGGUGCUCACGUAUUGGAAGAGUCAGAACGACGUAAAUCGGAAACCUCAGGGCCAAAUAGUAUUGGACGAAGUGUGCAGGAUAAACAGGGCGGAAGGGGCCGCCACGUUCGAGAUAGCCACGGGCAAAAAGACGUAUUACCUGACGGCGGAUUGCAUCGCGACGAUGGAGGAUUGGAUAAGGGUGCUGCAAAAUGUACAAAGGCGGAACGCGACGAAGCUUCUGCUCAGCAAGGAGGACAACAAGCCGACGAUACAGGGAUGGUUGACGAAGGUGAAGAACGGGCACGCCAAGAAGUGCUGGUGCGUCCUCAUUGGAAAAAUGUUCCUUUACUUUAAGUGCCCUAAUGAUACGAAUCCUAUUGGACAAAUAAAUAUGAGAGACGCGAGAGUAGAAGAGGUCGAGCACGUAUCCGACAGCGACAGCGAAGAAAGGGACGCCGAAUGCCCUCACGAAAGAACGAUCGGCAUCUUUCCAACUCAUCAAGGUCCUACGUACUUACUGAUGCCCCACAAACAGGACAAAGACAGCUGGCUGUACCAUUUGACGGUGGUUUCGGGAGGGGGGCCGAGCGCGGGGACUCAGUACGAACAAUUGGUGCAAAGAUUGAUGGAAACCGAAGGUGAUCCUAGUUGCGUCCUAUGGAGACACCCGUUGUUGCUCCAUACGAAAGAAAACAUCACUAGUCCACUGACCAGCUUGACCUCCGAAGCCUUGCAGACCGAGGCUAUCAAGCUCUUCAAGGCUUGUCAGUUGUUCAUGUCGGUGGCAGUGGAGCAAGCAGGCAUAGACUAUCAUGUGGUGCUAGCGCAAAAUGCGUUGCAACAAUGCUUAGACCAGCCUGAACUGCAAUCCGAAUUCAUCUGUGCAUUGGUAAAGCAGACAAGUCGUCACACACAACACCGUUUGGGCGUACAGCAGCUCCUCCUCUGCGCCACGCAAUCGCUGUUCACCUGCGAUACGCAAAGUCCCGCGGCAAAUGGCAGCGGUGAAAAUGCGGACGCACAAUCGACGGCCUCCACUUCUCACAGUCCUCCGCUCACGCAGGGCCACUCGACGUCUACGAUUCUGGACUGCAAAACUAACCCCGCCCAGUACGUUCUUAUCCAGGGAUGGCAGCUGCUCGCCCUCGCUGUUUCGCUCUUCCUACCGAGGAAUAAUCGGCUACUCUGGUACCUGAAGUUACACUUGCAAAGAAACGCUGACACUAAAACGGAAUGCGGCAAGUACGCAGCCUACUGCGAAAGAGCUUUGGAAAGGACUCUACAAAAUGGUGGAAGGGAAGUGAAACCCUCGAGAAUGGAAGUCCUCUCUAUACUGAUGAAGAAUCCUUACCAUCACUCCCUGCCGCACGCGAUACCGGUUCAUUUUUUAAACGGCACCUAUCAGGUUGUAAGCUUCGAUGGCAGUACCACGAUAGAGGAAUUUUUGAACACCCUGAACCAGGAGAUCGGCUGCCGGGACGUUCAUCAGUCCGGUUUCACGUUAUUCAGCGACGACCCGAUCGAGAAGGAUCUCGAGCACUUUAUAGAUCUUCAAGCAAAGCUCUGCGAUAUAAUCUCGAAAUGGGAGACAGCGUUGAGGGAGAAGGGUUCAGGGAAAUUCGAAAAUACCAGGGUGAUACAAUUGACGUACAAAUCGCGGUGCUAUUGGCGACAGGCGGCUAAAAUGGAGACUGACAGAGAGAGGCUUUUGCUUUGUUAUCAAGUGAAUCAACAAGUGGUGUAUGGGAAGUUUCCAGUAAAUCGUGAGCUUGCGUUCGAGCUUGCAUCGUUAAUGGCGCAGAUUGAUUUUGGAGAAUACAACAACGACAAGGCACGAGGAAGCGGCCCAGGAAGCAAUCUGCACCACCUGGUGCUUCAGGCCCUGGGCAAGUUUUAUCCGAUACGAUACCGGACGAAUAUCACUGCCGAACAAUUGAGGGAGCUGCAAGAAAAACUACAAGAAAAAUGGAUCGCUUUGAAAGGUCGCAGCGUAUUAGACUGUGUUCGCAUAUAUCUAACCUGCACCAGGAAGUGGCCUUUUUUUGGAGCAACACUUUAUCAAGCAAAAUUGAAACAAUCUGAACCAAUGACCGCAUGGAUUGCCGUCUCCGAAGACAGUGUAACGUUACUCGAGCUACAAACGAUGGCAGUGAUGUGCCGUUACAACUACGCGAAUAUAGUUACAUUCGGAGGAUGUUUAGAUGAUUUUAUGCUCGUCGCUUGCCCCGACGAAGGCGCCGCGGAACAAAAACUUUUAUUCGCGCUUUCGAAACCUAAGAUUUUGGAGAUAACAUUGUUGAUCGCCGAUUAUAUGAAUGCCUUGGGACACGCUUUACCUGGUACCCCACAAAUGAACACGCUGACCCGUAAUGGAUCUCAUCGGUCCAUCAAAUCCACUCUGAGACCUACCACUGGUUCUAGCUGUCUUCCAACGCAACCGGAUAUUUUGAAGUCAACACCAGACCACCAAAGACCUUAAAAACUCUGGUCAAUCGAAUUCGUUGAAACGGAGCAGGGAAACGUGGCUCUUGGUUCGUGAAAGUCUGAUCCCGCCA